GAGAUCCCGUAACAGCAUGAAAACAAACAUCUGACAUGUAGACGAAAUACACGAAAAUUCUAAGCUAUACUUUUUGCUUACGUGCCAAAGCAGUUUAUGGGAGAGAAAAACUGUUACCAAGGUUACACCUGUCCGACGCAAGCAUCCCAUUGGCUGAUACAUGGCAGAUUUAACAUUGAAGUUGAUAUGGUACAAGCUUGGAGAAACUUACUCAAAGAUGGCGGAAGCCGGGGCAAGCAUGCAAAGUUGGUUUAGCUGGGAAGAUCAUUUCUUGGAUGUUUUGUUAAUAUUUUGGAUUUCGUUUGGCCUCUUGAUUGUAGGUGUGAUAAAUUCCCUCACUACAUUCUUUGGACCUUUGCAACCCCGGAUUUCGUGGGAGAAACCAAAGGAUGGAGGGACGGCCACAGUUGCAGUGUCACAGGGGCCCCACCAGCCUGAAUCUACGGUGUGGCUGAACUCGGCGCUUAACUGGUUUUACCUGCACUACAACCAGUUCCCUCAGUUUGUGGAUGCUUGGGUUCAAGCGUUGAAUGAACAAGCAAAUAAACUUGGGGGCCCUGUGCAGCUGCGUUUUGAAAAGGUACAAUCAGGGAGCUUGCCGCCAAAGUUUGGGGAAGUCACUUAUGAUGCCGGACCAGAAGAUAAAUUUAUUCUCACUGCUCGUGUGGACUCUCGUGACCUUUCGUUUGCCCUGUUCGCUUCCCAGCAGACUCACGAGGGUGUUAAACUCACGAACCUGGUCAUCACGGUGCUCAGACUUAGAGGACAGUUACGUAUUCGUUGUUACCGGCAAGGUAAUGACAUGAUGGCGGAGAUCAGCUUCUUAGGACGACCUGACAUCAAAGUACAAGGCAAACCUGUCAAUCCAUAUAUGGAUCCCAGUGACAUGGUAGAUGUAGGGGUUGUUCAGGAAGUGGUUAGAAACACCAUUUGUCUUACCAGCACAACAUUAAACCUGUCUGAAUGGAUAAGUCAACCGGCCGAGCGGGACACUAUUCCAGUGCAGCGUCAGCGCUCGACCGAGAUGGGCAGGUCGUCAGAGAACUUGCAGCACCCUGGCUCCGCUCCACAAUCCCCGAGACAUGUGGCACAGGUGGCACCUGAGGUGUUUGAGCCGAAGGAAGUGCCCCAGACACAGACAAGUGCUUUCCAUGUGCCAACACUACAGACACCAACAAAGAUCCCCCAGCAGAGGCCUACCCAGGCCAAAGGUCCUGGUGAUAAACGUGUUCUAGUCAAGGUCAUCAAGGCUAGCGGACUUAAACAAAAUGCAGGCGCUGUUGACCCAUACUGUGUAAUGCACGUGGACACGCCCCCACAAACGGAAGUUACCAAUACAGUGAGGAGUACUUACAAUCCUUUCUGGGAUGAGCAAUUCUACUUUGACCUUAACAAGGAUAGCCAAGAAAUACGAUUUGAAGUUCUCGACAAAAGUCGCCCACAAAAUGACAAUUUCCUGGGAGAGGCAGUGGUGUAUUGUGAAGAUUUGGCCAGAAAUCCGAGCAGUCGUCAGAUCAUACCAUUACAAGGCCGACUGGGUGUUGGCGAAUUUGUUUCUGGAUCUGUCACUGUUGAGUUUUUAUACAUGUCUGCAUCAGAUGUAACAAAUACACCACGUCGAACUAUUGAGACAUCUAAGUCAAUGACCCCUGGUGGUACCCUUGUAACUACAACAACAACGACAACGCAACGACCUCAAAAUUCAAGAUAUGAUACUGCAACUGAUGGUUCCCCAAGUUACAUAGAGAAGAGAACAUUUGAUUACAAUUCCUCCAAUCCAGAAAUGGGAACUUCAGAGGUAGUUCACAUUAAUGGUGUCGAGUCUGUAGCAGAAACUGCCAUACGUGCAUUGUCGGAACGCUCAAAAACAGGAAAGAAAACACCCGCAAAAACAUCAACACUUAUCAUUACAGGUGUUAAACGGGAGGUUGUUGUACCAAAGAUCAAGACUAUAGAAAGUUCACCAACCGAUGAGGAAUCUAGCAGAUUAUCAGCACCAAAUAUUAUAACAUCCCCAGAAUCACCCGAAAUAUCAUACCCUCCUCAAACUAAAGAAAGGAAAUCUUUUGCGGCACGAAUCAAGAAGAGAUUUUCCCGCUCCAAGAAGCGAUCUUUGAGUGCAGAUAGGGCAACAAGCUCUCUUCGAGAGGGGUCUAAUUAUUUACAGCCUCCUGGACCCCACUCUAAAGAUGAUAUAGACUUACAUAGAGUAAAACAAAAUGAGGAGAAUGCACCAACCCUGAAAAAGUCAAGAUCUCUUGGAGGAAGUCUCAAAAAGUUGUUCAGGAGAAGCCGUAAAAGAUCAAGGUCACAAGGACGAGGGGAACAAUCAAGGGAAAGUUCAGUGUCUCGCCAGUCCCGUCACACGUCACAGGGGCCCUCAAGAGAGGGGUCAUUAACUAGAUCGUCUCAACAUACCAGCCAUCAAGAUACUGUUAUAUUAUGAAAAAUGUUCUGUUUAGAGAUUUUAUUGAACAAAUUUACUGUGAAGAAUGUUUUUAAGUUUAGAGAUUAUAUAAAACAUAUUUUACAUGUUUUCUCAGUAGAGGCCUAGAAGUCCAAAAAAAAAGUGUUUUUUUUCUUUUUUUGCUAUUUUCUUUUGAUAUUUGCUUUUACUGCAACUUGUAUCAGGUAGAUUGCAUUUAUAUAGAACUUUGGUUUUCUUUUUUUUAUGAAUGAAAGUAGCCACUUCAUUUUUUUAUUAUUCAGACUUUCAGAUUGCAUACCCAGAAACUUAUUUUCUCAUUUCAGUUUAAACAGACUUACAAAAUAAAUAUCUUUUAUAGAAAUACGAAUAUUUUUCCAUGAAAGUGUUAUGCGACUUAUUUUAUAUACCCUGUAGAAGUAGAGUAGUUGCAGCUCAAUUUUAAUUCUAUAUUGAGAAUACAAUAUGAAGUCUUAAAUUCAAAUUUGCAUAAAAAAGAAUGACUUGCCAGUUGUUCUUAAUUACCAGUUAAGGUGAUAAUCAGUUAAUGGACAAAGCUCAAAGCUGGGUUUAUGUUUAUCUGGAUAAUGAAAUAUGAGAAAGAAGUUCUACUGAAAUUAAGAAAGAAAUGACUGGAAAUAUAAGAAAGAAAUAUGAUUGGAAAUAUGAGAAAGAAAUAUGACUGGAUUUAUGAGAAAGAAAUUGAAAGAAGUUUGACCUGAAAAUAUGAGAAAGAAAUUCGAUUAGAAAUAUAAGAAAGAAAUUGAAAGAAGUUUGACCUGGAAAUAUGAGAAAGAGUUUUUACUGGAAACAUGAGAAAGGAGUUUUACUCAAAACAUGAGCAAGAAAUUUGACCUGGAUAUGAGAAGGAAAUUAGAUCUGUCUGCUUACUUAGUCAAGAGCAUUAGCAUAAACAUACUUAGUCAUAGACCAGUCUCAGAGUCCCAGCAUCUGAUUGGUUGUCUCUGAAUACAAUCUCUGUAUUUACCAAUGGUAAACAUGCAUUUUUAGACUGAAACCAAGGUCAGUUUUAUAACCAAAAAAUAGACAGGUUUGCUGUCUCCUUGCUGUGUUCAUUAGCAGAUUUGAUAUUUAAGACAUAUACUAGAAUGCUUCCUUGCCGAAAUAUGCACAUUAAGAAUACCUUAAAUGAUGGAGAAAGGAAAGAGUAGUCAUGUUUUUCACUAUAGAUGGGAUAGUAACCAGUAAUCAAAAGCAUUGAUGCUUCUAUGUAUAAAACUUACCAUAGCAACUGUCAUUACCAUUAUUUAAUUGGACUGUAUAUAUUAUUUGAUGUCAUAUUUAUUUCCUAGUGUUAGGUGUUAGCCAAUAUUUUUUUGUAUGUUGUGUUAGUAAAUGGUGAAUAGUACCAGAAAGUCGUGAAACUUGACUUUUAUUUCAAGGUUAAAUGUGAAUUUGUCACAAAGUAAUAUUACGUUUUUAAAACGUUUAUAUUAUGUGAGAAUUACGUCACUAUAAAUAUGCAAUAUGAGCCAGAUUCAAGUGAGUUUCAUGCAGAUUUUAUUUUUUUUUGAUCGUGUACUAGAGUCUCUGUGUCACCAUGGUGAUAAUGUGCAUAGUGAAUGGACUAAUUUGUUAAUCUGACUGCAAAUGUUUCCUUUUCUACUAGUUUUGUAUUUAAUCUUGUAUUUGUUAUCUCCCCUUUUCCUUGACACAUAUAGUUCUUAAAGGCAUGACCACAAUCAUUUAUAUCUAAAUAUUACAUUAAGUUCCCAUGACAACUUUGCGCAGUUAACUUUGAGCACUUUUACUGUAAUAUUUAUGAGGGGAGAGAGAAUUUGAAUAUGUUAUGAUAAAAUGCAUGUAUGAACGUUUCUAGCAAUUAUAGUAUACAUUGACAAAAUAAACAAUUUGAGAAAAAUGUUCUACAAAUUUGAUUCAAAUGCGUUUGAUUAUUUACUUAAUGUGAAUUGAAAUUUGAUUCAGACACUAGAUAAGUUUGUUAAUUUGGCUGUCCAGUUAAAAUUUCUACAUUAAAUCCAUAAUAUCUUAAUCACUUUUCUUUGUUUAAAAUUAACUUUGUUGAAUGUUACAUAGUUUUUGCAGAAAAUUGUUAAGUAUAACAUUGUUUUGUUUAUAUUUAUUUUAUGUUGUUGUCCCUUACAAAUUUAUUGUCUGUUAUUUUGUUGCUCCAAUGUACUAGGUUUUGCCUGAGAAUAUUACUCUUGCAUAUUUACCCAUACUGAUUUGCCUGAGAAUAUUUUCCUUUUAUAUUUAUAUUUAGUUAUUUACCCAUGCAGGUUUGAAUGAAAAGUAUGUCUAGAAUAAUGGAAGUUAGAAUAUUUGAGCCGUGCCAUGAGAAAACCAACAUAGUGGGUAUGCGACCAGCAUGGAUCCAGACCAGCCUGCGCAUCCGCGCAGUCUGGUCAGGCUCCAUGCUGUUCGCUUUUAAAGCCUAUUGGAAUUGGAGAAACUAUUAGCGAACAGCAUGGAUCCUGACCAGACUGCGCGGAUGCGCAGGCUGGUAUUGAUCCAUGCUGGUCGCAUACCCACUAUGUUGGUUUUCCCGUGGCACGGCUCAUUUAUUUGCUUUUGAGAAUUCAGUUUUCUGUGAUGUUUGGCUGUUACACGUGACAUUACGUGCUGGAUUCCCAUCCAUAAGAACCAAGGGAAGUAUUUAUGCAUAUCCCAGUGUAGAGUGAGACACAAAACAGAAAAAAGUUUAUUUAAAACUCAAUUACCUAAAUCCACUGAAAGUCAUUGUCUCAUAAAUUUACCCAAAUCCAGUUAGGCUCAGUCUAAUAGUUAAAUAUUCUCGCUAUAUUCUGUCUGAAGUAUUAUUUUUAGUGUAGGUAUAUUGUUUAGCUUGUAAAGCAUUCAAUUGAUGUUAUGUGCAAUACCAUUACUAUAGUUAAACAUAGAACUUUAUGUACCUAAUAUAUUUUUUUUUCAUCCCAAAUCUGUAUACGAAAUCAUAUUACCAUUGUGAAGACAACUAUAUAUUACCAUUGUAAAAGUAACCAUUUAUUUACUUGCCAUUUAUACUUUGUUGUCUCAGUAUUUUGUGAUCAGGUUUUAGCUUUAAUAUUUUGUUUUAAUUUUUAGUUAAAAGGGUCAGACCUGUAUUAAGCAAGCAGUCAAGGGGGUGACACAGUCUGGCUGCUUAAGACAAGUUGAAAAUAGAACAAAAUGUCAGUUCUGGAAGUAAACUACUUGGCUGUUUAAGACGGGUGGUGGCUUAAUACAGGUGGCCACUAAAGCACAUUCAACUGUAGUCAAAAUAUAUUAUAUGAGCCGCACGAUGAAAAAACCAGCAUAGUGUGUUUGCGACCAGCAUGGAUCCAGACCAGUCUGGUCAGGAUCCAUGCUGUUCGCUUUCAAAGCCUAUUGCAAUUAGAGAAACAGUUAGCGGAUGCGCAGGCUGGUCUGGAUCCAUGCUGGUCGCAAAGCCACUAUGUUGGUUUUCUCAUGGCGCAGCUCAAUUAUGACAAAUUUGAGAAUUGCUUCCUGAUGAAAAUCUUUACAAAAGGAGAGAAUGCUUGUUUUCUUAUGUUUUAAAAUGUAGAUUAAAUUAAACAUGAAGUACAGAAACACCAAACAUGUAUGAUUUAAAACUAUUUGUGAGUCUACAUUUUAGAAUGUUUCUCCAUUUCAUUUUAAUAUUUUUGAAAUGUUGACCACGCCAUAACUUAAUAAAUGAAAACGUUUAAACACUUGUGUGAAAGAAUCAGGACAAGUUUGAUAUAUGCAUGUAUGUGAUUCUUACAGGUUUAGAAUGAAUAGAUAGAUUCCAUGUUUUACAUAUCAUUAUAGAACACACCAAACGUUUAUUUAAAGAAGGCAUGUUUUAUAUUAAUAUAAAUGCAUACCUUGUAAAAUUUCAAAAACAAUUUUUUAUAAUUAUGAUUAUACAGCGUUAUCAACUGCUGGGAAAUCAUUUAAUUUCGUUGGCACAAAAUUUCGUAGUUUUUGCCAGAACGGCUAUUUCAUUGGGGAUAAAAAAAAUUGUGGAUUUCUGCAUUUAAAGAUCAAAGGACGAUGAUUUUAUCAGUUCAUUGAGAUUUAAAUUCGUUGAUUAAUGAAGCCAAGAAAUCCAAGAAAUAAUCCCCCACAAAUAUUAAUGAUUUCACAGUGUUUCGUAGAGCUACAAGAGUUAUGCGUAAUCAAGGUAGAUGCAAAAGUCACCAAGGUCACCAAAUUAUAUUUAGGAACAGUCAUAUUUUGUGUUUUCAUUAACGGAAAUGAGUAGAAAUUUAGGUUGUAGCAUAGUAUGGUAAAUGUCGUUACCACAUUUCAUUAUAAUUGCAUUUAGACGAGGAUUGUUUUAACAAUUGCAUGAUUGUGAGAUGACUGUUUUAGAGAGGAAAAAUUAUCACAAUUUGAGGAUACGAUAGUAUGCUACUUUAAGCAGGAUGAAUGAGCUUUGGUGAAUUUUCUGCAAAUAAGAUUUGAAUUAAAACAUAGCCAUAAUACACAACAGGUUUUGGCAUCUUUAAUGAAACAUACAAAUGGAAGUCCAUAUUAUGACAAAAAUUCUGGUGGUGAAAAAUAGCAUUCAUCCCAUAAAACAAAUGACUUUUGUUUAACAAUAUAUUACAUUAUUAGAUAAUUUCAUAACACAUUUAUAAGAGCCUUGAUUCUGAACACCAUAUUAUUUUUAACUAAUUUAAUUUUUCAAGUUUAUGUGUUAUGUGAUUGACAUUGGCCUAACAAGGUUAGCUAAUUCAUGUGUUUUCUACAAAAUUUGAAAGUCCAUAAGGCUUUAAAUUUUAACGUUAAAAACAGAUGAAAUAGCAGUCCAUAUAGAUAAAAUUCAUAAUGACAUGGUUAGAAAAGCACUACUUUUAUUAAUGCUAAUGAACUUAUACAGAUAGCGCCAUAAAGGGAAGUAAUAAAAAUAAAUGGAUUCAGUAAAACUUUCUACUGUGUUAAUCAGUAUUCAAACGGUUUACAAAUAUGGAUGAAAACAAUAAUAGAAAACAAGAUUUAACAAGAAAUUAAUGUUUCAUGUUAAUAAGAAAAAUGUGGCAGCCAAAUUAUCGACAAAGACAGUAUGAGCCUUUAAAGCAUGUGUUAUAUUGUACAACAGUCAGCUGCCAAGGCAAUGAUAUGCAACAUGGGUUAAGAGCAUAAGGUUCAGUUUUAAAUGAGCUGCGCCAUGAGAAAACCAACAUAGUGGCUUUGCGACCAGCAUGGAUCCAGACCAGUCUGCAUAUCCACGCAGUCUGGUCAGGAUCCAUGCUGUUUGCUAAGUUAAACAGUUUCUCUAAUUGUAAUAGGCUUUGAAAGUGAACAGCAUGGUUCCUGACAAGACUGCGCAGAUGCGCAGGCUGGUCUGGAUCCAUACUGGUCGCAAAGCCACAAUGUUGGUUUUCUCAUGGCGUGGCUCUAAUGUUGUUCUUGUAUUUAGUAUCUAAGCCUUAAAGGUGGUGUAAACAUGAUGAAUGUUAAAUGUCAUUAAUUGGAUAAUGAAUUUUUUCUGGAAAGCUUUGUAAACUCAUUGAAAUAUUGAAAGAAUCUUGAAUAAAUUGUCAUAUUUCUACAUAA